GGCAUCUCCGCAACACUCAAGGGCCACACCGACAAGGUCAACGUCGUCCGUUUCCUCCCCGGUCGGACCGCCGAUGACGAGAUCAUUCUUUCUGGAUCCAACGACAAGACCGUGCGUGUCUGGCGUCGUUCGGGCACGCGCUUCACGCUGGUGUCUACCGUCGAGGGCGUUCAUUCGGGCUCGAUAAGCGAUAUUGCCACAUGUGCGCAAUAUCCAACGGUGUUUGCGUCGGCUUCUGCGGAUGGCACGGUUGCGGUCUUUUCGUUGGACAUUUCAUCUGACAAGACCGCGGUCAACCACGUCCAGUCGCUUCCUACAAAGCCCAAGUUUUAUCCGUUGGCUAUUGCGCUCGCCGGCCUCCCUACUUCGGACGGCGCUCUGAUACUGGCCGUUGCCGGCUCGACGACUACCAUCUCCGUUUAUGUCUGUCCGUCUCUAGGUUCACAGUUUACGCACCAGGCCACUCUGUCCGGUCACGAAAACUGGGUUCGUGCUUUGAGCUUCACCCAUGAAGAUCCCGACUCGAAGGACUCAGAUCUUAUGCUCGCGUCCUCCUCUCAAGAUAGGUACAUCCGACUCUGGCGAAUCCAUCCCGGCGAGGAACUUCCCCCAGCUGUCGCCGACAGCGAGAGCAAGACCUAUGGAAUGAGCACUCGUCUCUCGAACAAGGCGCAUAUGCUGCGUGUGGAUGCGUCGUUGGGAAUCUGGUCCCUCACUUUCGAGGCGCUGCUUAUGGGUCAUGAAGACUGGGUGUACACCGCGGCCUGGAACCCCAAUGCCAAAUCGCGGCAGGACCUUCAACUGCUCUCUUGUUCCGCGGAUAACUCGGUUUCCGUGUGGGCGCCCGAAGAGUCCUCUGGUAUCUGGAUACCCGUCCACCGUUUCGGUGAGAUCUCGGACCUCAAGGGUGCCUCUACAGCCACAGGCUCGGCCGGUGGAUUGUGGACUUGUCUUUGGAGCCCAGAUGGAACAGCUGUUGCGGCGCUGACCAAGAACGGCUCCUGGAGGAUCUGGCGAUACGAUGCUGCAGCUGACCGGUGGAACCCCGCGGUGGGUGUUUCAGGCCACACCAGGGCCGCAAUGGCCAUAUCCUGGGCGCCGGAUGGAAGCUACCUUUUCUCCACAUCCCUCGACCAAACCACACGCCUAUUCUCGCAGUGGACAGCGAAUGGCACCAACAGCUGGCACGAGUUCUCGCGGCCGCAGAUCCACGGCUACGACAUCAACUGCAUCACAUCAGUAGGCUCCAACCGCUUCGUCUCCGGCGCCGAAGAAAAGCUUCUCCGCGUCUUCGACGAGCCGAAAGCCAUCGCUAGCAUCCUCGAAACGCACUGCGGCGUCGCCUCACCGCAGAACAAAGACCUCCUCCCGAAUGCCGCCAGCCUCCCCGUACUCGGCCUCUCCAACAAGCCCAUCGACGAGGCCACACCGGCACCCAUGUACGAUGGCCACGUCCCAGCGGAAGACCUCGAAGACGACGAACCCAAAGUCAUCGAACACACUCUGCCCACCGACACUCCACCUCUCGAGAACGACCUCGCACGGCACACUCUCUGGCCUGAGGUAGAAAAACUCUACGGGCACGGCUACGAAAUUUCCGCACUCGCGUCCACCCCGACAUCCAGCCUCAUCGCAACCGCAUGCAAGGCGUCCACAGCGCAACACGCCGUGAUACGUCUCUACGACGGCGCCAACAGCUGGCGCGAGGUGAAGCCGCCAUUGGAAUCCCACGCGCUGACAGUCACAAACAUCUCCUUCUCCCCUUGCGGCUCGCAGAUCCUCAGUGUUGGCCGCGACCGCGCCUGGAGCGUCUUCACCCGCAACCCAGACACGCAACAAUGGGCGCUCACGGAGCGAAGGGACAAAGCACACACGCGCAUCAUCUACGACUGUGCCUGGCUGCCCGAUGGCUCCGCGUUCAUUACCGUUAGUAGAGACAAGUCCCUCAAGGUCUGGGCGCAGACGGAUGGAAAGUGGGAGUGUAAGGCGACGUGUAAAUUUCACCUUCCCAUCACUGCCGUCGAUGUGCUCCCCGAGGUUAUGGGCCGUGAGUGUUGGACUGCAAUCGGAUUCGACGAUGGCGCUAUCACGGUGCUGGCCUUGAGAAAGGACGAGUGGCAGACUGUGGACUCGACGCAUGCGCUUGAUCCUGGAACUACACCCGAUAAGGCGAUCACGAAGAUUCAGUGGAGGCCGGGUGGAGAAGGAAGGGAGAGAGAGAUGGCGGUUGCGAGUGAGGAUGGCAGUGUUAGGGUGUAUGGGUUUAGGUUGGAAGUCCCGACUUUGGACGUGAUAGACCCUGCCACCAGCUCAUGA